CUCCACAUCCGGCCAUUGAAGCGCAGAACCUCGCCAUGUCAGCCCUACGAAUAUUGGUACCCGUAAAGCGGGUGAUUGACUAUGCGGUAUGUAUGCGAUUGGAAUUGGGUGCCGGCCUCAAAUGAUGGCCAAUCCAUUGUUCCAUAUCCGCCUUCCGCUUACGCUCGGUCCAAUCCCAUGUGAAAGACCUGUCGUGCUGAUCAUCACCGUCUUCUUCCCGGAUACAGGUCAAACCGCGCGUCAACAAGGCGCAGACGGGCGUCGAGACGGCCGGCGUCAAGCACAGCAUGAACCCCUUCGAUGAGCUCUCAGUCGAGGAGAGCGUCCGCAUCCGCGAGAAGAAGAGGGCUCCCGGCGGCGUCGAGGACAUCUGCGUUGUGAGCGCCGGCCCGCCAAAGGCACAGGACAUACUGCGCACCGCCAUGGCCAUGGGCGCGGACCGGGCCAUCCACGUUGAGGUGAAGGAGGGCGAGGAGCUGGAGCCGCUGAGCGUGGCCAAGCUGCUCAAGGCGGCCGCGGAGCAGGAAAAGAGCAACCUGGUAAUCCUCGGCAAGCAGAGCAUUGACGAUGAUGCCAACCAGACGGGCCAGAUGCUGGCCGGGUUAUUGGGGUGGCCGCAGGCGACGCAGGCGAGCAAGGUCGAGUUUGGCGAGGGGGACUCGGUCAGUGUCACGCGCGAGGUCGACGGCGGCGUCGAGACGGUGCGCGCCAAGCUGCCCAUGGUCAUCACCACCGACCUGCGCCUCAACGAGCCGCGGUAUGCGAGCCUGCCCAACAUUAUGAAGGCUAAGAAGAAGCCGCUCGAGAAGAAGACGUUGGCCGACUUUGGGAUUACGGCCGAGAAGAGACUCAAGGUGCUCAAGGUUACUGAACCCCCUCCGAGGCAAGGCGGCGGCAAGGUGGAGGAUGUUGAUGGCCUUAUUUCUAAGCUGAAAGAGCUCGGCGCUAUCUAGUCUAGAGCAACUGUCGCAUUAAAUCUGUACCGCUACACAACCCCCUUGCGGCGUUAUGCCAACCAGGUUAUGCCCCAUUCCGCUGCGUAUCGACCAACUCAGGAGUGCAAUCUACGCACAGAAUCUUGCACUAGACCGUGGCGGCUCGACAACUGGACAGCGAUCAACAGGGUACGUCACCCCGCAUCACGGCAUCUGACGUCCAUGUUCGCCGAUUCCCCUGUGUCCAGAGAGGGAAAAUGAGAUUGUAGAUACAUAUAUCCUAGUAUCCACUAUGUUCCA